CCCCCCCCAUGCCUCUGAACCAGAACCCCUUUUGAGAGGCGGAGAUAUAAAAUCAACCAAGAAGGCGGGAGGGAACUCUCCGAGCGACCAGGCUGGGCGGUGAGGAGACCAGGCCGGAAGUUCCAAAGCCGACACGUUCCCGGUACCGCCAGCGGCGCGUUUCAGUUUCGAUUCUCCGGUGGCCGCCUGUGCCGGGCAAGGAGCGGAGCCCGCUUGUUGCAGGGAAACGAAAGCGGAGCAGCAGCGCUUCCCGCAGACGGACGAGUCUCCCUCUCGGAAGCAGUCGUCUGCAGCGGGGGCUCCGCCGCUCUUGGCCCGGACUUGUCCCAAGGGAGAAGCAGCUGCCCACCGACCACCCAGUGGCGCCGGUGAGUACGCCGAGGUGGUCCUGACCCCGCUGACGGGAGGCGUCCAAAAGUCGGCGCCCCGGGGCGGGGGCGCGGGAGGAAUCCCACCCGAUUCCUACUCGUGCCAGCCUGCUUAGUUCCAGCGGGGCUCCUUCCGAGGACGUGGGCUUUGGGCCGAGGCAGGUGGCCGCCUUGCAGGGGCGCGCCGAGAGGGGGGUUUCUUGCCCGGGCAGAAAAACAGUUACUUUGUGGUCCAUUGCCCCUUUGCUGCCAGGGAGGGCGAGAAGCACUUCUGGAAGGUUCUUUGCCAAAUACUUUUCACGGCCUCGCCCCUUGACUUGGGCAGGAAGGGAGAAGGGCGCGCCGCUGUGCCCCAGGGCAGGCGGUCCUCCUGUGAAGAGCAUUGCGGCCGCUUUGGCCAGCCUGGGUCCAGGGGACGGCGCGGGUGACCCAGCUUGGCUUUCCCCCUGGAAGUUUGUUUUGGCCACAGCGUCACCAGUCACCGGGCGCUGUGCUCCUUAUCAGUUGGUUCACCAUGUCCCAGGUCACAGAAAAGCGAGUCAGCGCUUGAGUUAAUUUGAACUCUUAGGCUGGAUCGAUAGAAUUGUCGAGUUGGACGGGGCCACGACGGUCAUCUAGUCCAAUCCCAUGCAAUGCAAGAAUCCUUUUGCCCAGCGUGGGGCUUGAACCCACCACCCUGAGAUUAAGAGUCUCACGCUCUACUGGCUGAGCUAUGCCUGCAGCUGCUCAGUAAUAAGGAAAGGGAAGAUUGAAAAUUGCCUCUUGAGAAGUUUGUAAUAGAAUUUUUCUUCUUGGCAUCUAAGGUCUUCUCUGCAUUCUUCCCAUAGAGCUGCUGACAAGCUUUCUGAUAGCGGAAUAGGGAGAGUGUUGUAGGGGCUCCUGUGAUGUUAUGUUUAGAGGGAGCAGAGAGAGCCACUCUCCUGCCCCUUUUGGCCCCACCACACGGACUAGCAGAUUGGCGCUAGUCUGGGUGGUGGUGGAACAAAAGGAGUGUGAGAGAGUCGCUGUUCAUUUCUUUUCUUGGGGAAAUGCCUUUGCUUCCACUCCCAGUUUCCCAGUUGGAACGCUUCUGAGCAGCUUCCAGUUCUACAGUUCUUUGAUUCUACGAUUCUGUGUUUGUGUUGGGCCUCCUGGGGAAGUGGUGGUGGAAACCACUGUUGUGUACCACCAGUGCCAUGGUGUGAAUGGGGGUGUGGUGUUCCCCACAGUCUCUUUUCCAAAGUGCUCUGGUUUUCCACCUGGUUUCUGUACUUAUAACAUAAGGGGGGUGGGGAGUGUUGUUAAUAAUACAGUGUUCCUUCUUCGAAUUUAUUUCAGUUUCCUAGCCUGUACCAAAAUGGCAGACAACCAAGCUGUUCCAAGAAUGUACAUGGCGAGACUUAAUGAGUAUUGUCAGAGAAAACGCUUACGAUUGGACUAUAAGGAUCUUGGUUUUGAUGGCCCAUCUCAUAAUCCUGUGUAAGUGGAUGAGGAAUGCUGGGAAGUGGGGACAGGGAGGAGUGAGGAAAUUCACACUUCCCUCCAGAUGUGUUUUAUGCAAAAACUAAACAGGGCAGGAAUAUUGGUAUGGCAACUAAAUUAAAGGAUCAGGUUUUUUUUAUGGCCUUUCCCCCACACCUAUGUUAAGUCCUUCCCAGUUUACCGUAUUUUUCGUCCUAUAGGGCGCACCGGCCCAUAGGACGCACCUCGUUUUUUGGGGGGGGGGAAAUGAAUAAAAAAAUUAUCCCCCCCCCGCCGCGGCUGCCGCCCCAAGCCUUGUGCACACGGCACGGGGCACCCUCCGGAGGGCUCCGCGUGCUUUGGGCUGCAGGCUGCCGCCCCAAGCCUCGCGCGCUCGGCGGGACCUCCCGCCGGGCGCGCAAGGCUUGCAGACACUCGCCCGAAGCACGGGGCACCCUCCGGAGGGCUCCCCGUGCUUCGGGCGACAGGCUGCCGCCCCAAGCCUCCCGCACCCAGCGGGACCUCCCGCCGGGCGUGCGAUGCUUGCAGACACUCGCCCAAAGCACGGGGAGCCCUCCGGAGGGCCCCCCGUGCUUCGGGCGCCAAGCUGCCGCCCCAAGCCUCGCAUGCUCGGUGGGACCUCCUGCCGGGCGCGCAAGGCUGCAGACACUCGCCCGAAGCACGGGAGCCCUCCGGAGGGCUCCCCGUGCUUCGGGCGACAGGCUGCCGCCCCAAGCCUUGCGCGCUCUGCGGGACCUCCUGCUGGGCGCGCAAGGCUUGCGGACACUCGCCGGGGCUGCAGGCUGCUGCCCGCAAGCCUUGUGAGCCCACGGGAACUCCCACCGGGCUUGCAAGGCUUGCGGAUAGCUUCCUGAAGCCUGGAGAGCGAGAGGGGUCGGUGCACACUGAUGCCUCUCGCUCUCCAGGCUUCAGCGAAAGCCUGCAUUCGCCCCAUAGGAUGCACACACAUUUUCCCUUCAUUUUUGGAGGGGAAAAAGUGCGUCCUAUGGGGCGAAAAAUACGGUACUUCUGUACAAUUGAAACACUUCCUUAACCGUCCCAGUUUCUUGGUCCACUAAGAUUUUCCAACUCAAGAGAUAAAGCAUAACAUAGGACCAGGCUUCCCCCGCCCCCAAGACCUGACAUUGCCUUUUGUUUCUCAUUCCAAUUAUAAGGGUGGGAGAAAGUAGUGCAUUUUCUGUGCUGUUUUGCUUCGUUGUCCCUCUCUUGCAGAUAGGUUAGCAAACUAUCCUUAGAAGCUGCACUGUUGAACCCUCCUACGCUCCAGACAGCUGCUUGAAACAGCAUCUAAUUUAGUAGGAUGGCUUACUGUGGCUCUCCAGAUGUUUUUGGACCCUGGCUCCCAAGGCAGCAUGGCUGAUUGUCAGGGAUGAUGGGCGUUGUACUCUAAAACAUAUAGAGGGCACAUGCUUGGUGAAUGGAGCCUUAUAGGACAAAAAAGGGAAGCUAGCAUUAGGCACACUUUACAAAUAAUAGGAAUGAGAGAUUUACAGGAGCAAACUAUCCAGGUAUUUCCCAUUUCUGUUUAUCCAGCAUACAAGACUUAAAGCAUAAAAUUCAAUCUGCAAGCAUAUUUUGCGGACUGUGGGCUUUUAACUCUCUCUUUUUCACUGCAGAUUCACUGUAGCAGUUGAAAUAGAUGGAAAGCAGUAUAGCCGAGCAACAGGUAAAAGCAAGAAGGAGGCAAAAGAUCAUGCAGCAUUCUUAGCUUGGGAGUCCAUACAACAAGAACUGCCAGUAAGUAGACCAUAAAGGAUACAUGUCAAGACAUACAAAUAAUCUAGAAAACAGAAAAGAGCCUUUGAUCUUGAGGUAUACUAAAAAAAAAACCAAUCUUGUACAGUGGUACCUCGGGUUACAUACUCUUCAGGUUACAGGCUCCACUAACCCAGAAAUAUUACCUCGGGUUAAGAACUUUGUGCUUCAGGAUGAGAACAGAAAUUGUGCUCCGGCGGUGCGGCAGCAGCGGGAGGCCUGAAGUGGUGCUUCAGGUUAAGAACAGUUUCAGGUUAAGUACGGACCUCCGGAACGAAUUAAGUACUUAACCCGAGGUACCACUGUAUCUCAUUCUGUUUUAACAUCUGCCUGAAGCUGCUAGGAAAUGCCAUCUGUGGGCAGGGGUAGCUGGUAACGUUUUGAGGUGAUAUGGCUGCACUAUUUAACCUUGCUGUUUCCAUCACAAUAGGAUUUAGGAAAGUGUGCCAUUGCACAUGUGCAGAGUGCCAUUGUCUCCUCCUCUCUUAAAAAAAAACCAGUUAUUAUCUAUGGAUAGGGGGAAAUAUUCCAAGUACAAUUUUCAGACAAAAUUGACUUCAUACAUCUUAUUUAGAAAUUCAGCGAUACCACAUGUGGUAGGUUUUUAAAUUAACUUCUAUUAUGUCUGAGAUUUGGGGAAACAUAUUCCAAGUUUGUGGAAGGGUGUGGCUUCAUAUCUAGACCGGCAUAGAAGCAAAACUCUUCAUUUUAGAAAUUCACUGAGAAACCCACAAAAGAACAAAGUAAAAAUAAUACUGAUAGGAUUUUGCUCCAUCCCUGUGCAUUUAAGAUAUACCCCCCACGGGGGUGGAGGAGCUUGAUGAAAGCAAAUCCAUACAGCAUUUCUAGAAAAUACUCUGGAACUGCUUGUGACUCAGAUUUGCUCCAAUUAGUCCUAACAAUUUUUCUGCUUUGAGACUCAUGGAAGUGACCUCUUUGCCAUAGCUAUGUUUUUGGAUCAAGAUUGGAUGAGUGCUGCAGAGAACAGGAGAUUGACAAACCUGCCUCUGUAAAGUCAAGGAAGUGUAUAAUAUUUGUGGAACAGGAAAGAGUUUAUCUAGACUACACUACUACUUCCAGGGGCUGCCUUGGAAGAUGGUUUGGAAAUUUCAACUGACGUAUUAUAUUACAUACACAGAAUGUCAUAUAAUUCAAAUUGCAUUACAAUAAAAUGCAAUGUAAGAAGUAAAAUAAGCAAAAAAAUUCCAUUAAAAAUCAGUAUUUAAUGUGAGCAUGCUAUGGACCACCUGAAUGUAGCUUGUGGAUCAUUGGUGGUCCACAUACCAGAGUUUGAGAACCCACGUCCUUAUACAGCGGAUGGUGAUGAAGGUCUUUCAGGAAGCACUGCCGUCUCUUAAGUUGAACAAUGAUUCUUGGUCUGUUGAUUCAUACUAUGUUGUCUCUCUUUGACCUGGACCUUUUGGUGUCAGCCUUCUUGCAGGUUGUGGGUGGCGUCACCACCUCCUUUGAAAACACUUAGUGUUCUUCUACAAGUCUUUCUGUGGAGGGUCCCUCAAGGAGAUCCUCAGUGGCAAUUCCAAGGGACGCUGCUUGGUCCCCUAGGUCUUCAGUCUAUGGGGAGUUGGGUUCCUAUAUACCCAGUACCAGGUCAGAACUAGGAAUGACACGCACCUAUCCUGUAUCAGGUCUAGCCUUCUGGCCUUUGCCUUGUAUGCAUAUUGUUAUUGCCAUGUAACAUUGCUAAAUAAGAACAGUAUUUUGUAAGGCCUGCUGCCAACUUAGAACAUGAAACCCAAGGUAAGUACAGACCUCCCCAUACCAUGUAAUAAGGAGGAAUUCAGUGAGAAACCUCUCACUGUUCAAGCAAACUGACUUAUACAUAUUGUUUACAGGCAGAUCCUGUUUUAAGACCAGAGCAGCUGCUGCCUCCUCUGCCAUCACCACAAUAUCCUGUUUUAAGACCACAGCAGCCACUGCCCCCUCUGUCAUCGCCACUAUCUCAGUUGCCUGAGCCUGCUGCAAAUCUGGCACAACCAGCUCCUUCACUUAACUAUCUUGCCUUGCUCAAUGAAUAUGCAUCGAGAAACAAAGUGGUGGUUCAAUAUGGUUUGGUUUCUAAAUCUGGCCUAGAUCACAUGCCAAUGUAAGUUGUCAUUAAUAAUUGAUUUUUUUGUUGACUACUACUCUUGGCAACUAUUUUUUGGUUAAACGUAAAGCUCUUAGUGAUUUGUCGAUAAUAGUAGAUGUCUUUUUGUUUUAUUUGGGUGCCAGCUCAUACUGAGGUUUUUUUAACUCCGGCUUUUGGGAAUGGUUUGUGACAUUUAGGAAUUUCACCACUACUAUGACUACUACUGGGAUGUGGGUAGCGCUGUGGUCUAAUCCACUGAGCCUCUUGUGCUUGCCGAUCAGAAGGUUGGCAGUUCGAAUCCGCAUGACAGGGUGAGCUCCCAUUGCUCUGUCCCAGCUCCUGCCAACCUCAAUUCAAAAGCACGCCAGUGUGAGUAGAUAAAUAGGUAUCGCUGCAAAGAGAAGGUAAACGGUGUUUCCGUGCACUCUGGCUUCCGUCACAGUGUCUCAUUGUGCCAGAAUCGGUUUGGUCAUGCUGGCCACGUGACCUGGAAAGCUGUCUGUGGACAAACACCCACUCCCUUGGCCUGAAAAGCGAGAUUAGCGCCGCACCCCAUAGUCACCUUUGACUGGAUUUAACUGCGCAGGGGUUCUUUACCUUUAUCUUACUACUAUCACAACUAUUAUUACUGAUUAAAUUUAUAUACUGCCCGUCAUUUAUCUACCACUUUGGGAUACCCUGACCUAAAUAAAAUAAAAUGUAGGAAAAUGAUAUGUGAGACAGGUGGCAGUGAGUUUGUAGUUUUCUAUAGCCAAUGAAAGGCUUGAGGUCCCGAUGCAAGGCUUUUUAUUUCCCUCCACUUCCCACAUGCCCUCAAAAUGGAGGACCCUUCAGAGAUUUUUUGAGCUUGUUCAGGGUGAAGAGAAAAUGGAAGGGCCACUGUGCCUGUGUGGACUCUGCUCUGGUCAUCCAAUUUCUGACUCUUGACUAUAUGCUCACUUUUGUAACAAAAAGUUUUGCUUGAGGUCAUUAGAACUUUGUAUGGAGAAUGGGUUCCUGCCCAAGGUCUAUAGGAUUGCUGCCACAUCUACAACAGUGUAUGCUAACUUAUUUCCACCCUCCCGUCUGUUAUGCCUUCUAGUUUUCACUGUGUCUGUAAAAUUGAUGAUAAAGAUUUUGGUGAGGGAACAGGAAACAAUAAACAAACAGCAAAACGGAAUGCAGCCAGGCAAGCGUAUGAAAAGUUGAAUGACCAAGCAACUUCAAGGGUAUGUAUUGCAUAUUAGAGGAAAACAACAGACUGUGUUUUUCAUGUGUGACACUUUAAUGUAUUUUUAAUCUUUAUUGGAAGCCGCCCAGAGUGGUUGGGGGAACUCAGCCAGAUGAGUGGGGUACAAAUAAAUUAUUAUUGUUGUUGUUAUUAUUAUUAUUAUUAAUUGUCAGUGUAGCAAGUGGGCGUGUCCUAUGAAUCGUUUUGCCAGCUCUCACCAGCCCCAGCCAGCAAUGUGAUACUCAUUGGGGUUGAUGAGAAUCAUAGAAUUGUAGAGUUGGAAGCUACCAUGAGGGUCAUGUAGUCCAACCCCCUGCAAUGCAGGAAUCUUUUGCCUGAUGUGAGGGUUGAACCCAUGACCCUGGAAUUAGGGUCUACUGACUGAGAGUUAUAGUCCAAAACAUCUGGAGUGCACUGGGUUGGCCAAGGCUGGUUUAAUCCCUUUCAUUUCGUUGCCAUUGUUACUUUUUGUUGCAGUAGAUUUUUAAAAUCCACAGUUAAGGUAUAAUUCCGAAUUGUUUUUCAGGCAGAAAGAAGUGCUUCCCUUCCAAAUAGUUCUACAAAUAGUUCUAGAAAUCCAUCACACAGUAAUUCCGAAGAAUCAUCACCAGAGGCAUCUGGGACGUAAGUUAAACAUUUAAUGAUGUCUCUUUAAAGUACUCUUAUUCUAAUUUUUUGUUGUUGAUUUAAUAGCGAUGCUGUACAAUAUAGCAUUCCAUAAUGAGCAAAAGGGACACUUACGUACAGUGGUGCCCCGCAAGACGAAUGCCUCGAAAGACGAAAAACUCGCUAGACGAAAGAGUUUUCCGUUUUUUGAGUCGUUCCGCAAGACGAAUUUCCCUAUGGGCUUGCUUCGCAAGACGAAACGUCUUGCGAGUUCUUGCGAGUUUGUUUCCUUUUUCUUAAAGCCGCUAAGCCGUUAAUAGCCGCUAAGCCGUUAAUAGCCGCUAAGCCGUUAAUAGCUGCUAAGCCGCUAAUAGCCGCUAAGCCGCUAAUAGCCGUGCUUCGCAAGACGAAAAAACCGCAAGACGAAGAGACUCGCGGAAUGGAUUAAUUUCGUCUUGCGAGGCACCACUGUAUAACAUAGCCUUGUAAAUGGAGAGGAAGGUGUGAUUGGUAGCAAUUGAAACAGUGCUUUAUUAAUGGUUGUAUCACAGCUGUGGCCCUCCUUCCCACGGGAGGUUAGAUUGUCCUCUUAUUUAUUUUGCCAACUUUUAAUGUAUUUUAAUCUUGCCUGUAUGUGGAUCUCUUAUUUCAAGCCUUGUGGUCUAGUGUGUGAACUGGGCUGCUCUUUCACUUUAUGCAGUAGUUAAAAGUUCUUCAAAUGGAUUUUAUACCUGCCUAAUCUUUUGAGUAGUCCGUUUUUUGGAAGUAUGUUGCAGCUGAAAAUACUUAAACAAGCUUAGAAAAACCUGUUCGUUAUACACUUCAGUUAAAGUUGUUAUCCCUGCUUGAAGGUUUUGAUUCAGACAUUAAAUCCAUGGAGUUGCCUUUUUUUAAAAAAAAUAAAAAUCAUAGCAAGCAGCAAAAUCAUCCUCUGUGCAAAAAUAGAAAUCUCUUGGAGAAUAAAAUACAGUGUUGCUGCACAGGAACCUCUGGAAGAUAACAACUGCUGAAAAAGUAACAUCAUAAAUGAAAUUAUUGAAAUGUACAGGCAAACCAAAUUGUUUUUGUAUAAUAUGUCAUAUAUUGAUAUCACAUGGAAAUCUGAAAGACAGGCAGUAAGCUCAUCAGCCUUAGGAAUAAUGGAAAUUAUGAAAACCAAUCUGCUGAAAAUGAUUUUUGCCUUGAUUCAUCCCUGUAAAGCGAAUGCUCUCCUCAUCCUCUCUAUGGUUUUCCCCCACAGGAUAUGUGGAAAUGAAGGAAAAUAAUUAAUUAACUUUAUAACCCAAACUAUUAAAUAGAAACGUAAACGGUAUUGAACUGUAUUUGAGAACCAUUGAGAAUUGGUUUUACGUUGUCAUUUAUUCUUUACUUAUAUCGUUUUUGUUCCUUUUUUCCUUUCGUUAUAAAUUAAAACCAAAAGGAAGAAAAAUACUGAAAGAAUUCAAAACUGCUGUUUGGAAACUUGUAUUUCAGGUCUGCUGAAGAGGCUGUGGACCUUGCUUCCAACAAAUCGGAUAGUAUAGUUUUUCAAAGUAUAUAUUCAAAGUAAGGAACAAUUUCAGUGGCAAUUUAAGAGUGGAGAAACAAAUGGUGCUCGAGGAGAGUCUGCAGACUUUAUCUAGUCUACAAUUUCUGUCAUUUUGGAAGGAUUAGGACAGGGGUAGGCAACCUAAGGCCUGGGGGCUGGAUGCGACCCAAUCACCUUCUAAAUCCGGCCCGCGGACAGUCCGGGAAUCAGCGUGCAUCUCUGGGUUAUUUGUGGGGCCUGCCCGAUGUUUUUACAUGAGUAGAAUGUGUGCUUUUAUUUAAAAUGCAUCUCUGGGUUAUUUGUGGGGCAUAGGAAUUCAUUCAUCCCCCCCCCCAAAAAAAAUAUAGUCCGGCCCACCACAUGGUCUGAGGGACGGUGGACUGGCCCAUGGCUGAAAAAGGUUGCUGACCCCUGGAUUAGGAGGAGCAUAAGGAAAGUGUGUGUCCAGGCAAACAAGUUCCUGUAGUUCAAGGAUACAUUCCAGCCUAGGCAAAAGAACUGGGGGAGGAUGUGGAACAGAGCUACUGAGGGAUGUCAUCUGGAGAAGGGCCCAAGGGCCCGCUAGUGAGACCUGCACUAGUAUACAAACAGACUUCUCUUGACUUCAGAGCAUUUAUGGCACCUGAAGUGGAUUUCUGAUUGUUCAAGAUUAGGAAAGACCUGAGUAAAUGCACCCCUCCAGGCCUCUUGGAAAUCUCCUCAGGCCACAUCCCACAUUGGCCCAGUUUCACGCCCCCAAGUGUUUCUGCCUGGCUGGAAUACCUCAUUGAACUCUGGUGAUGCCUUGUGCUAGUCUGGAUGCAGAAUACAGACGUGCAUGUAUGUGGAUAGAAACCAGCUUCCUGCACCAAGGUAACAUUUGCAUUCCUUGAUCUGCCAACUCUUGCCUCUGGUGCUGCAGGCUGUGGGCAUGUGGGCCUCCAAAGGUUGCCCUGUAGGGAAUGCAGCCCUCAGGCAGAAAAGCAGUCCCCACUCCUAAGGCAGAGGAGAUAGUGAAUGUGGAAGAGCAAGUGUUUUCCAAAAACGUGAACUAGAAACAUAACCUAGGAGAGCCUGGGCACAACUGAGGCCUUAAAGAAAAUGCUUUUUUAAUGCUAAGUUACACUGUGGUGUUUUUCAUAUGCUUUGUCUUGCUUGUAUAGUUGAACAGGCUUAAGUAAAUAUGCUACGCUCACAGGGAUCAUAAUGGGCAUGCUUUCUGGUUUUGAUACAAGAAAUGUGCCUAUAUUUUAUUUGGUGGACCGUUUUUAUACUUUACCAAAACAAAAAAACUGAACUACCUCCCCACCCUAAACUUCACUUCAAGAUAGCCCUCCAUAAUUGGCAGAUAAUGCUGACAUUCGUUUCAAAUAUUUCUGGAUUCCAGUUGUAACCAUGCAGCUGACAAACUUGCUAAUCGGUUUGGUGCCAUACAUCUCAAUGAAGCUUCUCCAUCCUCUCUGGUAUGAAAACUUAUUUUCUGUUGCCAUGACAGUAUUAACUAUUUGUUCUUGUUUGUGCGCGCUAAAAUAUUAAUCCUGCUAUAAUUUCUUAUAGGUCAGUACUGAAUUGAAAUACAUUGGUCAGUCUGAUGUAAUUUUAAGUAUGCUGCCUUUCUGCCAAAAGGCUCCUAGGGUGGUGCACCAAGGAAAUAGACAGAAGGAAAACUGGCCGGCAACAGUGAUGGCCAGGGGAUGGGCUCAUUCCAUUCCACUGGAAUAUCAGAAUAUGCCUUAUAAUGAGUUAAACCAGUGGUCCAUCUUGCUCAGUGCUGUACACAUUGACUGGCAGCAACCCUCCAGCAUUUCAGAUGGGAUGUUCCCAGUCCUACCUGGAGGUGGAAUCUGGGACCUUCCACAUGCCAAGCAAGAUGCUCUGCCACUCAGCUACAGCCCUUCCCCAGUUUCAGGUUACUGGCCCUCAAGUGUAGUCUGUUCGGUUCCGUUUUGUGUGAAAUUUUUAAAAGAAGUACAUAAAAAAAAGUAUAUUUCAAUGGUCUGUCUUUAUGCACACUUUUAAUGUAAAACACACAGUUUUUUCAAUGCCAUUGCACCCAUUUCCCUCUAAAAUAGCAUUUUCUACACAUCUUUUAGGGACGCGGGUGGCGCUGUGGGUAAAACCUCAGUGCCUAGGGCUUGCCGAUUGCAUGGUCGGCGGUUCGAAUCCCCGCGGCGGGGUGAGCUCCCGUCUUUCAGUCCCAGCUCCUGCCCACCUAGCAGUUCGAAAGCACCCCUAAGUGCAAGUAGAUAAAUAGGUAAAUGCGGGAAGGUAAAUGGCGUUUCCGUGUGCUGCGCUGGUGCUGGCUCGCCAGAGCAGCUUCGUCACGCGGGCCACGUGACCCGGAAGUGUCUCCGGACAGCGCUGGCCCCCAGCCUCUUAAGUGAGAUGGGCGCACAACCCUAGAGUUGGACACGACUGGCCUGUACGGGCAGGGGUACCUUUACCUUUACCUUACACAUCUUUUGCAUAAAAUAGGUAUUUUUGUGUGCAAUCUUUGUACACUGAAACUUCAUCGCAAAGUGUGGAGAAGUGUGUAAUCCAAAUGGGUGUUUUGUUCCAGUCAAAUUCAGGAGCAUUGGGUCAAGUCAGUCCAUUACAAGAAAUGGAUCAAAUCAACUUCUACAUCCCUAGCUAAGGGGCGAAGUGCAGAAGCUAUAAAGCAGCUAGUGACAUGGGGUUGAUUUUCCUGGGUUGUUUAACUCCUCAAAUCUGGGAAGUUUGAGUUGAGGACUGUGGAGCUCCAACCAGUGGGAGCUUCCUCCUAACCAGGACCUCGUAUGGUUCAGGAAACAGGAAAAUUUUUCAUGACCUGCAGUGGUCCUGUUUUUGAACUCUGAUGCCUGACAAUAACUGCAUUCUGAUUUUGAGUGGUCUUUUUAAGUUUUAAGCAUUUGGCACUGUGGUAGAACUACAACAUUAAUUGUUUCUUCUUGAUUUUGCCAUAGGCAAGUCCCAAAGGUUCUGCUGUGAGACCUAAAAAGUAUGUAUUCAUCUUUUGAAAUGGAUGCCCUUCAUUCACUUGAUUUAUCUGUUAGUUAGGGGAAAUGAUUUAACAUUUUAAAGUAAAUGGGUACUUACAGAUCUUCUUGUGUUUACUGCUCAAGUGUUACAAAGUUACAUUUCCUUUUUUUUUUCUUUCCUAAGAAGAGAGACACCAUUGGCACCGAAAUUUUCAAAGCUGAAUCGAAAGCAAAGCAAGUACACCAUCAAUGAAAAGUAAGGGUAGCCUUCAAAAGUGCGGCUGAUUUUUAAAAAAAAUAAGUUUCACCUUUUAUACCUUUGAAAUUUGAAUUGAAUUGAGACUACGUGGAAAGAUGGUUUGUGAAGUACUGACAUAAAUGCAACUAGUCGUGUCCAUGUUAGUGGUAGCUGGUGAUUUUAACGCACGCAUUGGUCCCUGUCCAAGUACACACACACCUUUCCAUUUGCUGUCAUGAAAAGGUCUGAUCAAAUUACAACAGCUGAUCUCCUUUAACAAGCUGGUUGUUUAAUUGAGUGGCUGUUUUCUGUGUGUGAGCUAUGCUGGUGUGUGUUGUUGUUUUUAAUAUUGUGUGUUAGGUUUUUUGUUUUUGUUUUUACUAUUGAUUAUUGAUAGCUGCUGUCAGGGAACUGCCAUCAGCUCAGAGGCGAGAGAUGGAAGGGCAGUUGUGUUAUAGGGAGCCUCCGAAGAUCUUGCAAAGGAGUUCCUUUUCUGGCGAGGAGGAAAGCCCCACCUCCAGUGGAGAAGAGGGGCAAGGACCAGAGGAUGCUAGGGAGCCUGAGAAAACCGGAGAGGUGGGAAUCACACCCUUGCCAGUGCCCAUUCUGUACAGUAGUCUUCAGUCCAGGGAGGGGCAAAAAAGGCUGGGGGUGACACGACUUUUAUGCUGGGGUGUUACAAAGACCGACCACUCCUGGAUUCUGCUAGCGAUUGAGCCAGCCAUGAACUUACGACGCUCUUCACUGUAAAUAGUUUGCACCAAGAAUAAAGCCUGGAAAAGACAGGUCGGAGUCUUGCCUGGUUACUCUCAAGCAACCACAGCAGCAUCUGAUAGCUGCCUUGUGCAUUCCAUGAAUGACAGCAAAUAUACCCACUUCUAGUCUGCUUGGAUACCUUGGCUGUGUGCCUUUAUUUCAUCAUUAAAUUAAUAAUUGUUGCGGCUAUAAUGCCAUUGUAACACUUUUCAAAGAUUUUGACAUUUAACACUAAGACUUGCCUUCAUUUUUGGAACCAGGUUUCUGGACGAAUUUGAAGAUAUACAGAAAAUUAAAUCUGGUGGAUAUGGAACCGUUUUCAAGGCAAAACAUUUCUUUGAUCGUCGAUUAUUAGCUGUCAAACGAGUCAAGCUUCUUGUGUAAGUUACCUUGUGUUUGCUUAUUAUUUUAUUUAAGCUAAUUUAAGAUUUAACAAUUUGUGCUAUUUUAGUUCUAAUUUUAGAGGAAUCGCUGGGCACUGUAAGUCAAAGUUUAAAAGAGUUAGGCUCAACAGUGGCUCAGUUGCUAAUGCAGGAGUAGUCAAUGUAGUGCCAUCAUCCCUGGAUGACCAGGGCUGAUCGGAGUUGAAGUCCAUCAACCACUGUGCUAAUCCAUGAACAAGUGACUGGGUUAAGAACAUGCCAUUUGCCUUUCUGUUGCUGGGCUCUAUGUUGUAACGAGAAUAAAUAUGGUUGUAUCCAACUAAAUUCUAUUUAGAGUCGACCUAAGCAUUCCAAAUCAGAAGCCCUUUUUAAAAAAGUGGUCUAAAAAUAAUCCCCUUUCCUCUUUACAGUACAGACCACUCUCAACUUAAGCUGGGGUUACGUACUGGGUACAGCAUGUAGAACCAAAAUCGCAUAUAGUCAAAAUACAUUGGGUCCAAUGGCGGGUGGACCAUUGCCAAAGUCUUUUUUGCCUCCCCCUUUUAUUUUUUAUUUUAAUUUGUCACACACAUAACUUUGAAUGGGUACAGGUUAAAUGCAUGUAAGUUGUGAGUUACCUGUUCACAUAUUUUGGGUUUGUUUUGCAUACAUUUUUAACAAUACUCUUUUCCCCUUCUGACCCCCUUCCCCCACCCCAAACCAGAGGAGAAGAAGAAUCAAAAAAGGAAGUACAAGCCUUAGCAAAGCUUGAGCAUGAAUAUAUUGUUCGAUAUUAUAAUUGUUGGAUUGGGAAAGAUAAUAUCCCAUCGCCAGAGGAUAGUGACCAGAGGUAAUUCCACUGCGUAAUUAGAAUGUCUCUAAGGUGCCAUGUAUUCUUGUUUUUUGCGUAAACCAGGGGUGGAUAAGAUUUUGGCUUUAUUGGCCAGAUCAGCUUUGUGACAUCCCAUGUUGAUAGUCGCGUUCUCUUGCCCACCUGUCAGAAUCACUUGCAUAGGGUUCAGAAGUGCCUGAGAGUCAGCUGACUGUCAGGCCUGUGCUUAGCACUCAAAGGACCGAGCAAAAGACUGGCAACUCGCUUUCUCCUCCUCCACCGCCUCCCACUAGCUGACGUUUAUUAUUUUUUGUGGGUGGUCAUUUUUAUCGGGUUCCUAUUCUAACUUUUGCAUUGUUAAUGUUAUUGCCCUAAGACCCUUGGAGGCCUUUAUUUAAAAAUAGAGACAAAUUAAAGACAUAAAUAAUAAACUAAGCAUUUUGGCAGUGGCUUCACUUUAGGACCUGGCAUCUUUUUAUUUAUUUUAUUUAUUACUAUAUUUUGCUUGUCAGUUCACUGCCUAACUCUAAGAACAGUUGUAGCUGUAGGUAAAUUCUCUUGGUCCCAGAAUCAUUUCCCAUAAAUAAAUAUGAUGGUGCUAGGAUCCAACUCUCUCACUAGAGGCCCUGGUGACCUCAGUGGCUAGGCGUACAUUUUACCAGCUAAACAAUAAUAAUAAAAAAACUUACACUGAGUUUUAGCAAACAUGAAAAACUUAAAACAAAUCCUUAUUUCAUGAUGAAUAGUCUUUAGAGACUAUAAUGUAACUUAAGUAGAAAACUAUUUUUAGAAAUAUUUUUCCUCCAAAAGCAUUUUAUUUUAAAAAUCCGAUUAAUUUUUUUUUAAAAAUCCAAUUUAAAUUUUAAAAAAACUUUGAUUUUUAGCCUCCCUGCUUUGCUGCCUCAUCCUCAUUGUGCCAUCCAGCAUAGAUUUUCCAGGUAGUGCAGGGCCUCUUAUAGUCUGGCCCAAAGGAGGUGGCAAAACUGAUGAUAGCUGUCUCUGACUUUGCAAAGUGUUUUGAGGAUAAAAUCGCUUGCACACCCCCCCCCCCGGGAUCAUGACUGCUGUUACAACAGAUGAAUCUAAAGGGUUACAGAGCACUGUUUAGUCUUGUUGUGUUGGAUGAGUUAGUAAAACUUGAGGAUGUGAACAAGGUGCUUGGAUCAGUCAUCUGUUUUAUUUUUUGCAGGGUGGAAGCUGACUGCCUUUUCAUAGUGAUGGAAUAUUGUGAAAAGGGGACACUUAAAGAUUGGAUUAGUAAGAAACAUCCAAAGGAAAGCUAUCAUGAAGAUGCCAAAAUUAAAUUCCAGCAAAUAGUGGAAGGGGUCGCAUAUAUUCAUUCUCAAAACUUAAUUCAUCGAGAUCUCAAGGUAUGCAGAUGAGACGAUUACAAUAUCAGGUGUGAAUGAUAAAAAGUAAAAUAUGAACUAUUUCAUUCCUUUAUUUCUCAUAAAUGGCAAUGGUAAGAAAAACCUCAGGAGAAAUUUUUGGCAUAGCAUCAGUUUUUGGUUCCUCUUCUUCAAUUGUCAUCCAGUAUUGUUAGGUUGGGUCUAUGUAGGCUUCUCAGUAUUGCAAGUGGCAUGAAUUCCACAUGGAGGUAAUUUCAGACCAACACUUCUUCAUAACAUCAUUACUUUUAGAUCAAUACUACCUCAUCUCUUGCUGUGGCAAGGUAUUUUAAAGCUGACCCACUUGUUUUAUUUGCUCUCCUGCUAAUAAUUCAAUUGAUGUAUUUGUUUUAUUUUAUUAGUUCAGUUGUAUUGGGGGUGGGCUUAAUCUGGAAUAUACUUCGAGUACAAGGUAGACGUUUUCAUUUGGAGGGGAACUUGAAAGGCACAGCAGAUUCUUUAAAAAAGCAAAUAAGAAGCUGAGGUGGUUCAGACACUGCAGGAUAACUGUUGAGUAGACCAUGAUGACUCACCCAGAGUUUAAUGACUUUUACAUCUGAGUAUUUUGUUUUUAUGUUUCUCUCUGCCCUCCCCCCAGCCAAUAAAUAUAUUAAUGUCUAGAGACAAUAAAAUAAAAAUUGGUGAUUUUGGGCUGGUAACCACAGGUGUAGAGGACCAUUCAGUACAGCGAACAGAAAAGAGGGGAACGCUACUAUACAUGGCUCCUGAACAGGUAAUACUUUUAAUAUUGGAUACAUGCAUUUGCAAUGUCACUUUUGUUAGAUUUAUUGCUCAGAUAAGCGUGAGGUCCGGCACGCUUCCCCCAUUGCGUAGGCCUCUGCAUUCCAAAAGACCGACAUCUGAGCAUAGCAGAGUUCGUCAGCGGUAAGAGGAAACCACAAAAAACUCCAGUGCCUUCUUCAGUGUGCUUAAAUAAAGUCCACACAGGAUCUUAGCAGCUAAAAGCAGUUUUAUUUACAGCAGGCUAUCCAUUAUCUAUCACAGCGAACAGCAUCGCGUAAACACGUCCUCUCUCCUCAAAAGCGAAAGUAGAGAGACAGAACAAAGACUUGAGUCUCUUGGAAAUGACGUAGCAUUUCCCCCCUCCUCUCCACAGUAGGCAGAGCGUACACUCUGAGCUGUUUAACCCUGUAAGCUCAGGUUCUCCUCACACCCCCUCUCGCUCUGCGCUACUGUGGGGAAGUAAGUACACAACUUACCACCAACUCCAAACCACCACAAAACUCCCCAUGACGCUGGAAGCUUAAAGGUUUGGUAAAUCCAUCGGCCAGGUUACUGUGACUGGCACAGUACUUCAGUUGUAUCAAACCUGACUGAACACUCUGACACACAUUUUGGAAACGUAUGUCCAAAUGCUUGGUUCUGGCUUUAAAUUGCGCAGAUUCAGCCAACUUCAAACAAGGCUGAUUGUCUUCCCAAACCAUGAUGGGCAAGCUACAAUCCCCAUAGAUCUCUUUCACCAAGCAUCUAUAGAACUCUAGUUCUCGGCACAAGUCUGACAGUGCACUGAAUUCAGCCUCAGUAGAAGACAGCGCAAUGAGACUUUGCUUCCGGGACUUCCACCCAACUAGUGACUUCCCAAACUUUAUCACCAAUCCAGACACAGACUUGCGGUCCUGCGAAUUCGCCCAGUCACUGUCCGCAUAGCAUGUGAGCUUCGCCUCACCUUCAGCUGGCAGCUUAAGACAGAAGUCUUUGGUAUGCUGCAGGUAGCGCAGUACCCGCUUGAUACCGUGCCAAGCACUCACACUGGGCUUUGACGCCUCCCUACUUAGCAGGUUGGUAGCAAAGGCAACGUCUGGUCUGCUCCAUUGGGACAGAUACAACAGACUACCUAGAGCUGACUGAAAGAGCUCAGCAUUCUCAAACUCAGCACUUUCUGCUUGCUGGCUAUCUUUCACGAAGUUCGUCUCCAUGGGUGUCCGAACUCCUGCACAGCGGACAUUCUGGAACUUCUCCAGCAACUGCCCAAUCUUGCCUUUCUGACUGAGCAAGAAGCUACCAUCCUCAGUUCUCGCUAUCUGGACACCUAGGUAGAUCUUUACUGCACCCAGGUCCUUGAGCUGAAACCGUUUCCCAAGCUCUUUGGCAAACUUCUGCACCUGUUUGUCUGCCUUUCCAACAUGGAUGAUGUCAUCAACGUAAAACAACACCAGUUCCUGGGAGUCUCUUGAUCCUCUAAGGAACAGGCAACUGUCAGCAAGACUCUUCCUGAAACCUAGCUUCUCCAAAGCUUCAUUCAGGCACAAGUUCCAAUUCCUGGCCGACUGCUUCAGGCCGUAAAUUGACUUGUGAAGUUUCCACACAGUACCUCGCUCAUUGCCCUCAAACCCUGGAGGAGGAAGCAUGUACAGAUCCUCCUGGAGGUCUGAGUUCAAGUAAGCAACAUCCACAUCAAAGUGAUGCACCAGCAAACCUCUUUGUGCAGCGAUGGCCAAGACCAAGCGUAGAGACUCACUCCUACACGUGGGCGCAUAAAUCUCCGUAUAAUGCAACCCCCUCUGCUGCGUGAAUCCUCUCGCCACUAAUCUGGCCUUAAACUGCGGUUCUCCUGUCGCUGUGGGCUGAAGAUGGUAAACCCAGCGACUACCCACUGCCUUUUCACCCACCGGCAACUUCAUGAGGGAGAACACACCUAGAGACUCCAUUGAGUUCAUCUCCUUCUGCAUCGCCUCAUGCCAUUUCCUGGCUUCUUCCUGAGGCAGUUUCUGAACAUCCUCAAAACUCUCAGGUUCACACUGUGCCAUUCCGACCCACACGCUAGUGACGGCAAACCUUUCAGGAGGUUUCCCUUGGUCGUCCGCGUUGAACGGCGCAGCACUACUUCAGGAACCCCCUCUGACCCACUAGGGCCAGCCAGAACAUCCUUGGCAUCAGAGAGCUCCCCCUCUGACUUACUGCGCCUUCUGGACUUCUCAGCCGAACCUGUGGGGGAAGAUGGAGCACUGCGUUGCUCACUCUUUACAGCCUUGGGAGAAGUUCUCCCCUCUGCCUGCACUGGGCCUGGACUCUGAGCCUCAGUAGCAGGUUCAACCUCUUCCUCUCCUUCAUCAGCAGAGUCUAGCAGACUCUCUGACAAGAUGUCAGGGUUCCCAUGUAUCCUUGCCCAGCCACUCUGCUCACAGAAUUCAGCACUGUUGCUGAGCAGAAUCCUGGACUGAUUCCCUGACGGAUAAGCAAACCUCCACCCCUUGGUCCCUGGCUCAUACCCACAAAAAAUCAUCUUCUGGGACUUGGGUUCACCUUUCUUGCGUUUGGCCUUUGGUAUGGGGACCCAAGCCUCACAGCCAAAAACGCGGAAGUAGUGCACUUUCGGUUUCUUGCCAUGGAGCAAGAAAUACGGUGUGUCACCUACCACUGAAUUGAACGACCCGUUCAGAACAAAGUUGGCCGUUCGCCAAGCCUCCCCCCAAAAACGCUGUGGGAGCCCGGCAUCAAACAAAAGAGCUGCGGACAUCUCCCCUAGAGUCCUAUUCCUGCGUUCCGUGAUCCCAUUCUGUUGGGGACUGUGUGGAGAAGUCAACCUGUGUUGAAUCCCCUUUGUGCGGAAGAAACUUUGCAGUGCAGACCCGGUGAACUCCCCACCGCGAUCGCUCUGAAAGUUUUGCACCCGUGUGGAAAACUGCAGUUCCACAGCCGCAAUCCAGUCUUUGAUUAGCGGCGCAGCUUCAUCUUUGCGCCGAAGCAAGAACGUCCAGGAGUUCUGCGUAUGGUCAUCAAUCAGAACCAGCGAAUAUUUGGCUCCGCCCAAACUGCUCACAGAAAACGGUCCACACAAAUCUGCAUGAAUUAAUUGAAAAGCCCUAGUGGUCACCCUCUCAGACCUAGGGUAUGUGCACGUUUUCACCUUUGCGGACUUGCACGCUCUGCAAUCUAGAAACUUAGCACAUGGUUUCAUUUUGCACCCUUGCGUAUACUCUGGGAUCCUUUUCACCGACCCCCACGACACGUGUGACAUGCGUCGGUGCCAGAGAUGGGCACACGCAUCAUGAACUGGAACAUUGGCACACUGCGCUUGAGCCUCCUCCGUGUCAUCCGUGUCAUCUGGACCUGCAACAGAAGCAUUUAUCACAAACAACCUGUCUUUACAUUCAACACUGACUAGGUGCUGUCCAUUCUUGGAAAUAGAACACUUAUUGUUCUCAAAACACACUCUGUAGUUUUCAGCAAGAAGUGCACUGACAGACAGCAACGCGCAGGACAGUCCUGGAACAACAAAAGCCUGGAUUGAGUCCUGCAAGAAAGAACAAAACAGUGAGCCAGUCUGCGUGAGUGGGUGUCGAGUCCCAUCUGCUAAACAGACAGUCUUCCCAGAUUUUACAGAGGUGCAGUUCUCCAGGAAUCCACCAGAUGGCACUAGAUUAUGAGAGGCUCCACUGUCGAUGACAAAAGCCAGCUCAGCAUCCUGUUGACAACUCUUGACUACAGCCAUAGAGGCAGCCAAAUGUUUACGUUCAGUGUCUCUGCCAGCUGCCUUCGGCUUGCCUUUCCCACGCUUUGAAGAAGAGCUCUUUAUCUGGUUGCUACGGGAGACGGCCUUCGGCUGUUCCUCCACUGGACAUUCUCUCACCAGAUGGGAGGGGAGCCACAGCGAUAACAGCGGCGACGCGUAGCAACAGCUCUCACAGCUCCCUCUUCAGCCAUUCCUUUGUUCCCUGCACCCCCACCUUUGGGUGCACAGCCUGGGCCUGCACGCUCCCCAGCACUCUGGUUGUAGGCCUCAACAUCACACGGCCCCUCGGAGACAAAGCAGCUACUCCCAGCUGUAACUUCAGGAACAUGGCCAGCAGCCCCUCUGGGCUCUCGGCUUCCUGCCUGCUCUCGGCUUUCUCCCGGCCCUGGACUCCUGCUGAGUUCUCACACAGACUCCUCAGCACCUGCCAGGCGGCCUGAGCCGACUCAAUGCCCUCCAGGUGGGGCAACAGCAUAGCGUCCACGCUUGCUCUCAACAUGCAGAGCUCCCUUGCAUUCUCAGCUCUCUAUCUUCCAGGAGUGCAGCCUCCAGUUCUGCUCCUCCUUCUUCAGCAGCAACUGGCAUGGGUGGGGCGGGCUCCUUCUGGGCUAUACUCCAGAACCCUGUGGCCAAAAACCACCCCUGCACUUUUCUCCAAGGGCAGUUGUAAAUUUGUUCUGCGUACACAAGUGCACACUCAUAGUGACCAUCAUCAUCACCACCCCCACGAAAAAUGCUUAUGCCCCUGUGGAGAUGGCAGUACCGAAUCGGUGGUGCAUGCCCUUCUGGCUUACCCUCUUUAUAAAGACAUGAGGAAUGAGAUUAUCACCCCUCUUUUAUUGUCUAUUCCGGGGUGCCCAACCACUGCCACAGUGUCCUUUCUCUUGGCAGAUCAAGGUGAGCAGGUGACAGCAAAGGUUGCAAGGUUUUUAGCUGGGGCAAUCAGAAUAAGAUCCACUAUUUGACUACUGAUUCAAAACCCUAAAAUGUAUUUUAUAUAAUUGAUUUUUUAUUUCUAUUCUUUUUAUAUCGUAUUUAUAUCGUAUUGUUUUAUUGCUAUGGCCGAUGGCUGACAGAAAUAAAGAUUCAUUCAUUCAUCACCACCAUCACCACCCCAUUAUUACAACAACAACUCCUCUAAGUUAGGUUAGACUGAGAGGGAAUGGCCGUCUCCAAGUCAUUCUGCUAGCUUAAUGACUGAGUGGAGAAUUGAGAAAGAACCAACUGCCUUGAUCCUGUAGUUAGUUUUCAGGGGGGAAAAUGUCAAAAUGUGCUUUGAAGUGCAUAAGGCCUAUAUGCUUAAGCGCUAUGAAAAGUUCCUGUUAGAGCAUGUUCUUAUGACCUAAUGUGUUCAUGUUUGCAUUGUUCACAGGUGGGGAACAAAUACGGAAAGGAAGUGGAUAUCUUUCCGUUAGGAUUAAUUUUAUUCGAAAUGCUUUACAGAUUCCAAACUUGUCAUGAGAAACCUGAGGUAAAUCUGAAAAGUUUUGUUAACAGCACAUAUUUUUUCCCUCAGAAAUGUAUAGAAAAUAUGUAUGCACAACCAGGGCUCCAAAAAGUUGAGGGGAUGAAAGGGGCAGGACAGAAGGAUGAAGGGGCAUGUUCAUGUGUCUAUGCAUUCUUGCUAAUGGACAGUGGUCUAGAAAAGCUGACCUUUUGGAGUUCCUUCCUUCAUAGUCUGGGGAAUAGCAGCAGAGUUGUUAGGGGGACCUUUGGGACGCGGGUGGCGCUGUGGGUAAAACCUCAGCGCCUAGGACUUGCCGAUCGCAUGGUCAGUGGUUCGAAUCCCCGCGGCAGGGUGAGCUCCCGUCGUUCGGUCCCAGCUCCUGCCCACCUAGCAGUUCGAAAGCAGCCUUAAGUGCAAGUAGAUAAAUAGGUACCGCUUUAUAGCGGGAAGGUAAACGGCGUUUCUGUGUGCUGCUCUGGUGCCGGUUCGCCAGAGCAGCUUCGUCACGCUGGCCACGUGACCCGGAAGUGUCUGCAGACAGCGCUGGCUCCCGGCCUCUAGAGUGAGAUGAGCGCACAACCCUAGAGUCUGUCAAGACUGGCCCGUAUGGGCAGGGGUACCUUUACCUUUACCUUUUGUUAGGGGGACAGGGGAAGUUUUGCUGGGGAGAACAACCAACUGGCCGCUGCCUCCUCCAUCCACUUACCACAGAGCGCACAGGAUGCAGGUUUGUUGCCUUAGAUGCUGGCAGUUGUUUUGCGUGAUACAAAUGCAGCUUGUAUAAAUGGUACAUCUCCAUUCUAGGUCACCAGAAAGUUGCUUUGCUCUUGUCUUUCUUGCUCCUGCUCUGUCACUCCCUCUCGCAGAUACACACCAUGAGAGAGCAGGCCAGAUAGAGCUUGUUGUGCAGGGAGAUGAAAGGCAUGGGUUUCAGAUGAAUUGCCUCCCCCUUCCCAAUUUGAGACCAAGAAUCUCCACUACACCCCAGCCCAUGAAGCAUCAUGGUUUUUAGCAAGCAAAUUAUAUUUUUAAAAACCUGUAUCUGAAAAGUAUUAUGUUUAAGGUUACUGCUUUCUAAAGAAACCCAAAACUUUUCAGGAAUUGCCACCAACUGGCCUGCUCAAGGAAAGGUUUGCUUCUAUAAAUUCAAGAGGCUGUUUCUGAGGUGUGUGUCUUUUUGCAAAAGGAACCUCAAUCCAAAUUUAUUACCAGCCUUUCCUCCUGUUGAGGAAUGGAAAAUGCAAACCAGCCAUUCACCCCUUCCUUCAAACAGUUCGUUAAGCAAUGUUGUUUUACUAAAUUGGAAAAUGGAAUUGAGACAUAGAACAUUGAGAGUCUGCAAGUGCUCCAGCUGUUAUGGAGUCCUACUAAUGUUUCUCAUUCUGCUCCCAAAUGUUUUUUGAAAAUGAAAAUGAAAAAUAUCCCAUUUGCAGACUUUGUUGUAAUCAUUAACUCUCCCUUCAGGCAUUUUUCUCACUUGAUUUAUGAAUGUGAUGAAGGGGCAAUGGCAGGCUCUGCUCCUCCCUUUUCAUGUGUCCUUUGAAUGCCUGAAUGAAGCCCCUAUGAGUACACACGAGGGCCUGCCAAUAAAUGUGUGGCAUGAAGGAGUUCUUCAUGUUUGUUUGUUUAUUGAAGAUAGGCUCCCUCAAACUCGACCCUCCAGAUGUUUUGAGACUACGAUUCCCAUCAUCCCAGACCACUGGUCCUGCUAGCUAGGGAUCAUGUGAGUUGUAGGCCAAAAACAUCUGGAGGGCCAAGUUUGAGGAAGCCUAAUUUAAGACCUUUAUAUACUGCUUUUAAUUUAUAAAUUCACACAUCUCAAAGUAAUUCUCUCUCUCUCUCUCUCUCUAUAUAUAUAUAUAUAUACACACACACACUAAGUUAAGUAACAGUGAAACAGCAAUAGUUUUCAACACAAGUGGAACAAGGAUGUUUAUGUCUUCGGACACCAAACAUUAGGGGUUUUCCCCCCAGGGCUCUUAACUCAUUAGGAAGUUCCUUAACUGUUUCAGUCUUCCAGAUGUCUUGAACCCCAACUGAAUCAUGAGUUGCUUCCUUCAUGUAUCACUGCUACAAAGUUUUAUCAAACUGCCUUGAAACUUGGGGCAUUGUGUGUUUGUAGGGAGAACAGGGUAAUGAAAUGCAGAACCUUCAGAUACAGUGGUACCUCCGGUUAAGAACUUAAUUCGUCUGGAGGUCCGUUCUUAACCUGAAACGGUUCUUAACCUGAAGCACCACUUUAGCUAAUGGGGCCUCCUGCUGCCGCUGCGCUGCCAGAGGACGAUUUCUGUUCUCAUCCUGAAGCAAAGUUCUUAACCCGAGGUACUAUUUCUGGGUUAGUGGAGUCUGUAACCCGAAGCGUAUGUAACCUGAGGUACCACUGUACUUUGCAGUAAGUGCUGUGAGUCCCUGUUGCUGAAAGAACCCAGGCUGCAUUUUGAAGAGAGUCUUUUAUCCUUUUGGCAUAUCCCAAACGGGUAUCAGUGAUAUUACUACACGAUAUUGGAUGUUCCAUUCCAUGCAAGAAGAAUGAAGUGUGUAUGCACACUCAACCCCUGUUCCUUUAUCCCAUGUACAAAUGUGGAAGGAAUUCAGUUUUCCAUGUUUGGGAACUUGGGCAGCUGUUUGUGUCAAAAUGGCAGCUUUGAACUUGGCCAGUGAAAAUUGCAUCACACGAGGUAGUCUUAAGUGACACUGUGUAUUAUUUUUCAGAGAUUCGAGAACAUAAAGGAAGGCGAAUUUCCAGAACCGUUUACAAAGGAGUUUCCAGAAGAGGUAUACUGUGGCAAAGCAUUUUUUAUAGGUUGUCUUUUCCAUGCUUGUUGUAAUUUAAAAUAAAAAACAAUCUCUCCUUUGUUUGCAGGUAUCUCUAAUUAAGAAACUGCUUUCAAAAGUGCCAUCUGACAGACCAUCGGCACCUGCCAUUUUGCAUAUUUUAAAGAAAAGGCAGUAUAGCCCACACACUUGUUAACUAAUACCUGUCCAAACACAACUGCAGAAUUUUGGUCUAAAGGUAGUGGUUCCUUUUGCUGUUGCUAAUACAGUGGUGCCCCGCAAGACGAAUGCCUCGCAAGACGGAAAACCCGCUAGACGAAAGGGUUUUCCGUUUUCAAUGCGCUUCGCAGGACGAAUUUCCCUAUGGGCUUGCUUCGCAAGACGAAAAUGUCUUGCGAGUCUAGAGAUUUUUUUUUCGCUUUUCCCCCCCUUUAGCUAAUCUGCUAAGCCUUUAAUAGCCUUUAAUAGCCUUUUAGCAGCUAAUCCCCUAAGCCUUUAAGCCUUUAAUAGCCGCUAAACCGCUAAUAGCGCUAAUCCGUUAAGCCGCUAAUAGGGUUGCUUCGCAAGACGAAAAAACCGCUAGACGAAGACUCUCGCGGAAUGGAUUAAUUUCGUCUUGCGAGGCACCACUGUAUUGAAAAUCUCGUCUGAAUCAAAACUGUGGCACCUGGAAAUUUAACUCUGGAUUGCCUCUUGCUAUAUGUUCUGCUGUGGCCUUUGAGGGGAGCUGCAGGGUGCUCUUGUGGAGGCAAAAUUUCUCUGAAGCCAGAACUAGACGCCUGUGCCUUGUAUGUGUGGCUGUCUUUAAAAACUGUCCUGCUUUCUCAUGGGAGGCUCAGCCUCAGUGGCUGGAAGCCCAUUUUACAAGCUGUGACAGAUAUGGUCAUUCCUGGACUGAGAGAACUUGACCACAGUGGUUCAGGCAUUGGUGACUUCAAGGUUAGAUUACUGCAGUGCACUCCUUGAACUUGAUUCGCAAUAUGCUGUUAGUGCACAAUGCUAGCAGGAAGAGAUCCUCUGCAUAGAACAGCUUUGCUCAAAGAACUGCACUGGCUGCCCAUUUACUACCAGGCCAGGUUCAAGGUGUUAGUAUUAGGGGUAGGAUCACCUUUCAAGAAUGCUUCAAUCUACAUUAACCCGCACUGUUACAGGUGCCUCAUAAUACUUAGAAGACAUCAAUCUUUACUGCAGCGGCACCUUCACUUUGAAACUCGCAGCCUGUUGACAUCAGGCAGGUGCCUUCAUCACAUUCUUUUUGGCAUCUGCGUAAAACACAUUUGUUUACGCAAGCGUGUCCAGAUACGUAGAAGCCACAUGUGCUUUCUCUCUUUUUAGGUAUGGGUUCUUUUAAGCAACUUUUCAAUGUUUUUAAAUACCUGUGCUUUUUAUUGAGAUUUUUAAAGUGUUUUAUUUCAUUUUUUUGUAAACUGCUUAGAGGUUUUCUUACAAUCAAGUGGUAUAUAAAUUUUGUGGGUUUUUUGUUUUUUUCUUCUAUUUGGUUUCUGCCAGGAGAGUUCUUUUACUUUUUAUCUGCAAGAUUAAGUGUUUGUUUCCAAAAUUCCACCUAUUUUAUUGAUGGGUCAUCGUAUGCAUUUAAUAAUUACUAGUAAUAAAUAAUAAAGGAAAAUAAUAUGAGUGACAUAAUAUGAGGCUUUUGAAGUAAUCGAGGUUUUGGAGCUCUCUCUGCUUGGAAGCCUGUGUUAAAAACCUAGCUGUGGUUUGGUAAGACAUAGGAAGCUGCCUUAUACUCAGUUGACCCAUUGGUUCAUCAAUAUUGUCUACUUUGAUGAGCAGCAAGUCUUGAGGAUUUCAGAUGAUGUUUUCCCAGCCCUGCUGGGAAUUGAACUUGGGACAUUUUUUGCAUGCAGAGCAUAUGCUCUGUCCCUGAGCCCUUUUUGUCUGGACACUUUGCUUUUAAGCAUAAGGAUGAUAAAGGGAAACCUGUUUUUCUGUCAGACUUGAUUCCUUUCCUGCAAUACAACCUAGAAAAAAAAUGGAAGGUAUCAGAACUUUUUUGGAAGGUAUCCAAAUCAGAACUGUUUUUUUUUAAAAAAAAUGAUUCAUGAUAGAUUGUAUUCAUAAAAAAUAUUUGUAUAUCACUGCAUCAUUUUUUACACACACACACACACACACACACACACACACACACACUGGUACCUUGGUUUACGAACUUAAUCCGUUCCAGAAGUCCGUUCUUAAACCAAGGCGCGCUUUCCCUAAUGAGGCCUCCCACCGCCGGUGCCCUUCUACCGUUCAGAUUCCGUUCUUAUACCAAGGUAAAGUUCUCAAACCAAGACACUAUUUCCGGUUUUGCGGAGUUUGUAAAGCAAAUCGUUCUUAAACCAGACUGUUCUUAAACCAAGGCACCACUGUAUAGCAAAGUGGUUUACAGCAAAAGAUAAUAAUACAAUAGAAACUUAAACAGACAUCAACUAACCAUUGUGGAUGGAUGUCUUGUUAAAUGCCUUCAUAGGCUGAGAGGAACAGAAACAUUUUCAGCAGGCGUUUAAAAGUUGGGCUGAUGGCUCUUAAGGGGUUUCUUGUCAAAUGAGCCUCACCAGCUUGGGGAACAACCAAAGAUGCUCCUGCAGGUGAUCUCAAGUGAUUGAGCUGGGAUAAAAGAGUUCCAGGCAAUUCCUGAGGUACCCUGGACCAAAGUUGUUCAGGAUUUUAUAAACACGCAAGAAUCCUGAGCAGUAAUGGGAAGCCAGUACAGUUGUUUAACAAUGCUGUGUUGUGUGCUCUCAAGCAGAGCCCCAGCUGGAGCUUCUGAACCAAACCUAAGGGCAGCCCCACAAAGAGCAACAUUACAGUAAUCCAGCCUUGAGGUUACCAACACAUGGGCUACAGUAGUCAGGCGAUCCCUGUACAUGAAUAGCCAUAGUUUGUGAACCACACGAAGCUGGUAAAAGGCACUCGUAGCCACAAAGGAUGCUUGAAUCUCUGGUGACAAAGAUGUAUCCAGGAGUAUCCCCAAGCUACAUGCAACCCCAUCCAGAACUAGUGACUUCCCAAACAUGGGAACCACCCAUCCAAAGAGCCCCAGUCUUGCCAGGGUUCAUAUACACUUUAUUGACCUCAUCCAGUCCACCAGUGCAUCCAGACAACAGUCAAAAGCUUUCAAAGCCUCUCUUGAUUUGGAUUUUACAAGCCAUGUGAAAAUAACUUGGUGAAAUCUAUGGAGUUUGUGCUGUGAAUAAUUCAUUGCAAAGGGAUGUUUUUAACAGCUAGGAUUUGAUGAGUUUUUUAUACCAUAAAGCUGCAGCUGUGUCAACUUACUCCUGAGUAAUUCCAUUGCACCUAGUUCACAGGGAACAGCUUUUCGGUGCCAUCAUCCAACACUAGAGGAGAAUAUUCACACUGGAUUCCGGAUGAAACCGAAUCUAUUGUAAAUCUUUAACUUGAAUUCUUUCAUGGAACUUUGUAGUGAAUAUUAAAUUUGUUUUUAAAUCACUGGUACAGUGUUAAGAAGCACAUUUUACAAUAUAAUUUUUCAACCGAAGCAUGUAUUUCUCGUGUAUGCAUGGCUUAUGCUACUGUUCAGUAGCUGCUUUCUCUUUCCUAAUAAAUGACGUGCAUUAAAAAGUCCCCACGUUGUUCAUUUCUUUUAGAAGCUACAUGGCAUACAAAGGAAGAGGCAUGCACUUGAACAGAGGCACCUCUUGGGUGAAAAUCUUGGUGAAAAUCUACCCCUGUGCGCAAUUAGUAAUGAAGAUACCAAAUGCAGCCAGUAAUGGGUGCUGCACUGUGACUGCUUAAUGCAGAAAAAUUGUGUUCUAUAUAGAGUCUGGCAGGUGGUUCACUUUUAGACUAUCGAGAAAGGUACAGUGCAUCACACUGUAUAUAACAGAAAGGAAUCAAACUGCAAGGAGACGUGUUAUUUCCUUUUUAAUGCACACUAGAACUAUGUGCCACCCUUCUGCUUACAUUAGUACUGUCACCAAGUUCUUUCUCCUGAUAACUUGAGGCACAAUCUAGCCAAACCUGAACACUUUGGCAAGCCAUUGAGCGUUUCAUCUACUUGAAACUUCCCCACUGAAAAAUACAACACCUUUACUCAGGUGUAAGGGCUACUGAGUCCAUUAGAGGUUACUUCCAUGUAAAGCUAGCAGUCUGGUUCACACUUUAACUUAAUGUUGGCUUGAUCAUGCCGUUUUCCAUGGGCAGUAAAGUGGAUUAACCUUAAAUAGAAGCCCAUCAACUAAUUUAGCCAGAAAGGCAUUUUUUAAAAAACCUUUUAACUAAAGAACCAACUCAGAAGAGAACGGGAGGAUGGCAGAGUCAACAUCAGAUGGACUAACUUGUAACUGCCCAGGGAAAAUAUCAUUAGUUGCCACCUCCUGUUUCAGUACAGCUAGUUAUUUUUGUUUUCAGUACUGUAUGGGGUUCUCAGUGUGCCUAGUAUAGUAUUUAUACAUUUGAGCCAAUUUGCAGGUUAGUAAAAAUCCCCAAAUAUAAAUCUGUUUAGACAUAUACAUACACAACAAAUGCAUUCAGCUGUAAAUAGUGAUACAAACACCCAUAGCUACUGAACAGUUCAACAUUAACUGUUUUAAGCCUUCACUGACAUUAGGAAAAUGGAUUGAAAGACCUUUGGUAUAAAACACCGAAAAUUACAAAACUGAGCAGUUUGGUCAACAGUAAAAGGCAUAUUUAGAAUAUUUACACUCAAGGUCAACAGGACUUACUCCUAAGUUAGUACAUGAAGGAUUUUAACCUAUGUCCUGAUCUUAUUUCUGGCCUCUAUAUACACAUUUUGGAUCUUUUCAGCCCUCCUGUUCUCUUUUCUGCACUAGAUCAGUAUUCUACUACUUCUAUAAUUGAUUGGGUUGUAAAGGAGGAUCGACCCAAUCCUGUUUGCUGUGUUUUUCACAAAAAUAACAAAUAAGCUUUUUUUUGUUUUUAAGUACCUAGAGUUCACAGCUGACAGUCAACUGAUUAUGCAGCUCCUAUAAGAUCUUCUUGGUGUGUAGCUCCUUUCUAUCCAUAUUUCCAAGUGAACAGGACUUCAGCACAAUUUCAGUGUUACAAUAUAUACAUAAAUACAUUUCAAAAACUUUUUCCUUACAAAAAUAUAUGCAGUCUUCUGAACUGUUCGAUAUCUUUAUGCUGGAGCGAUCUUGCAGCAUUUACUAUUCUUGCUUUAGGAAAGUUAUUCAUGGUCUGCAAAAGUGUCUCCAGGACAGUUUGAGGAUAAAUCUUCUUUAUCUGGAAGAUUUUUAAAAAGAGCAUUAUACAGUUGCCACAAGGAAAACACACUGGACUGAGAUACUAAGCCUUUUGGGGAGAGAGAGCUGUAAAUUAGAAAAGAUCAAACAAGCCAUACACAGUGAUACUAAACAGGUUGUUGAAAUUAAUUGCAGAUAUGGCCUGCAGUUAUCAAGAGCAGGGGGGGUUUCCAUUUAUGGUGAGCAUCCUCAAACACAUUAAGAGCAUCAUUUCUUUUCCUCUUGCAAACAACUCCAAAGAAAAAAAUUGGGAAUACAAUAAGCUUUAAGGUUCCCAAAGAAACAAAUUUAGGUUUAUAUUACAUGGAGGCUUUCGUUGUGCAAAGGUGACUCAUGCAUCUUUUGGCCAAGGCAUUAGAUACUGUUAGUUUACAUUAACAGACCAACUAAAGAAGAGGGCUCAGCUAUUAUUAAUACCUGGUAUUUUUCUUACCAUCAUAGGUUGUUCCACACCAAAUGCAGUAGAGGUGUUCUUCCCUUAGAUACGCUGUCAACAUGAUUAACUUUUCUGAUUCCUGUGUUUGACAAAUGAAAUACACCUUUAAGCAUAAAUGGAUUAGGCAUUAAUUUUAAAAUUAUUUUAGCUUAUUAAUUUAGAUCAGGGGUCGGCAAACAAAGGCCUGCGGGCCAGAUCAGGCCCAAUUGCCUUCAGGAUUUGACCUACGGACUGUCUGUGAAUCGGCGUGGGGAUUCUGCUCAUUUGGGCUGCGCCAUUUCCCCCCCUGCGCCAUUCCGUUCCCCCCCCUCCCUCACACACAUCGUGGUGGUGCCUCCUCCCUCCCUCCUCGUGGCUUCUCCCCUCCCUGCCUAGAGGAGGAAGGGGGCGGGGCUGGGCUGAGCUGGCCCCUCUCUGGAGUCAGCCCUUUCUCACUGCUCAUCUUCCCCCCGCCACUUCCCUGGUGCGCCUGUGGGCAAGAGAGCAGAGCGGACGAGAUCGCUUUGCCUACGCACGAGAAGCAGUGGCAGCGGUGGCGACGGUGGUGAUAGCCCCUGGGAAGUUAAGUUCAGCAGCUGGGGCUGGGGGGUGGGGAGGAGGACUACUUGCCCCCCUUGCCGCUUCUUCCAGCUCCCCCGCCCCCAUGCCGCUUCUCCGGCCCACCACAAGGUCUGAGGCACAGUGGACCGGCCUGCAGCUAAAAACUUUUGCCGACCCCCGAUUUAGAUUAUUGAAGUGCAAUGCAGCUUCCAAUGGUAUCUAAACCCUACACUUACGUCAAACUCAUCUUCCUCUUUUUCUUCCUCCUCCUCUGCAUCCACGUCAUCUUCCUUUUCCUCCUCUGGCUGUAACCAGAACCACAUCUCUUUGGGGGAUUCAAGGCCCUUUAAAGCAAAAGUUUGGCAGUAACAACCAACAUACCCCACCCCAUCAAUUUCUUGGCAAUUUGGAAAGAGAAAAAGGUGCAACUUUGCACACCUGGAAAAGCAAAAUGCUCAAACAAUGACAAUAGAAGCAGUCUCAGAACUUGUUGCAUACUCAAACCUGAAAAAAUGAAAAUGCAGCACAAGGCAUUAUAGCAAAGAUUAUAUUAGCAUUUUCAAUUCACCGAAGCAGUAAAACAUUUUCUGGAAAAGAUGGGGACCAUGUCUAUGUUGUAUGUAGUUCUUAGACAAUAAAAACAGGAAGCCAGGCAGGGAAGUAAACCAGAAGAGAGUUGGUUCUUUUUUGCUUUCAGCCUGUCAGUGCACCACACUUGACUUACGAUGACGUGGGUGGGUGGACAAGCUCGUAAAAAAGUUGGUCUGGUAGGUUAUGCAUACUUACUUUCAGUAAAUGAUACCCAUCCAAAGUCUUUGGGUCACAAAUGCACAAAAACAUUUGAAAGAAAUGUUUUUAUUUAAACUUACUUUCUGCAUAUCUAGUUGUUGACAGGCUUUCUGACUUUUCACAAGGUCUCGUUUUACUUGAAGUUGCUCCUGUUUGGUCUUCAAUCUCAAUCUUAAAAAUAAAAUGAAACAUGACUACCAAUAAACAUAACUUGGACUGGUUGAGAUAUUACACUGAUAGAAGAGAAGAAGAGGAGUUUGGAUUUGAUAUCCCGCCUUUCACUUCCUUUAAGGAGUCUCAAAGCGGCUAACAUUCUCCUUUCCCUUCCUCCCCCACAACAAACACUCUGUGAGGUGAGUGGGGCUGAGAGACUUCAAAGAAGUGUGACUGGCCCAAGGUCACCCAGCAGCUGCAUGUGGAGGAGCGGAAACGUGAACCCGGUUCCCCAGAUUACGAGACUACCACUCUUAACCACUACACCACACUGGUGUAUAUGUAUCUAUCAAUUUGUUUUGUUCACCAUCGUGGGAGUUGUACGAUGGGCAGUUUAGAAGUGCCACAAACCCAAAUACUAUAUUACACACACCUUUUGGGACCCAGAUCACUGUGAGCAGCUCCCAUCAUCCCUGAUCUUUGACCAUGCUGGCUGGGGCUUGUGGGAGGUGGAGUCCAAUAACAUGUGGAGGACACUAUGCUAACUACCCCUGGU